AUGCAGCGUUAUCGAACAAAAUCUUCAUCUUCUCAAAAUAGUGCAAAAAAGAAAAUAAUAUCGAAAAUGACUUCUGGACAAGCAAAAAUUGGAAAACUUGCUCCUGAAUUCACAACUGAUGCUGUUGUUGAUUCUGACUUUAAGACUGUUUCUUUGUCUGACUACAAAGGCAAAUAUGUUGUGCUUUUCUUUUAUCCGCUUGACUUUACAUUUGUUUGUCCGACUGAAAUAAUUGCAUUUUCUGAGAGAAGCGGCGACUUUACCAAAAUUAACGUUCAAUUAUUGGCUUGUUCUACUGACUCUAAAUUUAGGUUUUUUAUUUUUAUAAUUUUUAAUAUUUAA